GGGGGCGGGCGUGGGGGCGGCGGCGGAUUUCGGGUGACAGCUCUGCACAAAGCAGUUUGGCUGGGGUGCAAGCUCCCCUUCUGCCCGUGCGCAGCGCCCUUCGCCGGGGUGGGAGGUGGACGCGUGCCCGAGGGGCUGAGACUUCGCUCCCCGGAUUGGAAGUGGGGUGCGGGGUGGGGAUCCCUGUCUGCGGAAGGGGGAAUUCCCGGGCCGGGGUGUUGUGAGACCGGGUUCCCCGAUUCGUCGCGGUGUUGCGGGUCCCUCCUAACCCCCCUCAAUGUUUCCUUUCUGUCUAGCGGUGCCUUCUCCCCGCGACUCUCUGCACCUCUUCAGCGCAAAGACUUUCUGAAACAAUGGCAACCCCACGGGGAAGGACAAAGAAAAAAGCAUCUUUUGAUCAUUCUCCAGAUAACCUUCCUUUGAGGAGCUCCGGGAGGCAGGCGAAGAAAAAAGCAACAGAGACGACAGACGAGGACGAAGAUGGUGGAUCAGAGAAGAAGUACAGGAAGUGUGAAAAGGCGGGCUGCACGGCAACGUGUCCCGUGUGCUUUGCAAGUGCUUCUGAAAGAUGUGCCAAAAACGGCUACACAUCCCGAUGGUAUCACCUCUCCUGUGGGGAGCAUUUCUGUAAUGAAUGCUUUGACCAUUACUACAGAAGCCAUAAGGAUGGAUAUGACAAAUAUACUGCGUGGAAAAAAAUAUGGACUAGCAAUGGGAAAACUGAACCUAGUCCCAAAGCUUUCAUGGCAGACCAGCAGCUCCCCUACUGGGUUCAGUGUACAAAACCUGAGUGUAGAAAAUGGAGACAACUUACCAAGGAAAUCCAGCUUACUCCACAGAUAGCAAGGACCUAUCAGUGUGGUAUAAAACCAAAUACUGCUGUUAAGCCAGAGACCUCAGAUCACUGUUCUCUUCCAGAAGAUCUAAGAGUGUCGGAAGUUUCCAACCAUUGGUGGUACUCCAUGCUCAUCCUACCUCCUUUGCUGAAAGACAGCGUGGCAGCACCCCUGCUCUCUGCCUACUACCCCGACUGCGUUGGCAUGAGCCCCUCCUGCACCAGCACGAACCGCGCAGCCAGCGACGCCAGCCCCGGGAAGCUGGAGCACUCCAAGGCAGUCCCCUCUGUGCUGGUUCCAGGCAUGAACCGGUACUUCCAGCCUUUCUACCAGCCCAAUGAGUGCGGCAAAGCCCUGUGCGUGAGGCCAGACGUGAUGGAGCUGGAUGAGCUCUAUGAGUUCCCGGAGUAUUCCCGAGACCCCACCAUGUACCUGGCUCUGCGGAACCUCAUCCUUGCACUGUGGUAUACUAACUGCAAAGAAGCUCUUACUCCUCAGAAAUGUAUUCCUCACAUCAUUGUCCGGGGCCUCGUGCGCAUUCGAUGUGUUCAGGAAGUGGAGAGGAUACUUUAUUUUAUGACGAGAAAAGGUCUCAUCAACACAGGAGUUCUCAGCGUCAGUGCCGACCAGCAUCUUCUUCCUAAAGAUUACCACAAUAAAUCAGUCAUAAUUAUCGGGGCUGGUCCGGCAGGAUUAGCAGCUGCUAGGCAACUGCAUAACUUUGGAAUUAAGGUGACUGUCCUGGAAGCCAAAGACAGAAUUGGAGGCCGAGUAUGGGAUGAUAAAUCUUUUAAAGGUGUCACGGUGGGAAGAGGAGCCCAGAUUGUCAAUGGCUGUAUUAACAACCCAGUAGCACUAAUGUGUGAACAACUUGGCAUCAGCAUGCAUAAAUUUGGAGAAAGAUGUGACUUAAUUCAGGAAGGUGGAAGAAUAACUGACCCCACUAUUGACAAGCGCAUGGAUUUUCAUUUUAAUGCUCUCUUGGAUGUUGUCUCUGAGUGGAGGAAGGAUAAGACUCAGCUCCAAGAUGUCCCUUUAGGAGAAAAGAUCGAGGAGAUCUACAAAGCUUUUAUUAAGGAAUCUGGUAUCCAGUUCAGUGACCUGGAAGAACAGGUGCUUCAGUUCCAUCUCAGUAACCUGGAGUACGCCUGUGGCAGCAACCUCCAUCAGGUGUCUGCUCGCUCCUGGGACCACAAUGAAUUCUUUGCCCAGUUUGCUGGUGACCACACUCUCCUAACUCCCGGAUACUCGGUCAUCAUUGAAAAACUGGCCGAAGGACUAGACAUUCGGCUCAAAUCUCCAGUGCAGAGUAUUGAUUAUUCUGGAGAUGAAGUGCAGGUUACCACAACAGAGGGGACAGGGUGUGCAGCCCAGAAGGUAUUAGUCACUGUACCACUGGCCUUACUGCAGAAAGGGGCCAUCCAGUUUAAUCCACCAUUGUCAGACAAGAAGAUGAAGGCUAUCAACAGCUUAGGCGCAGGCAUCAUUGAAAAGGUUGCCUUGCAAUUUCCUUAUCGAUUUUGGGACAGUAAAGUUCAAGGGGCUGACUUUUUUGGUCACGUUCCUCCUAAUGCCAGCAAGCGAGGGCUUUUUGCCGUAUUCUAUGACAUGGAUCCCCAGAAGAAGCACAGCGUGUUGAUGUCUGUGGUCGCUGGGGAGGCGGUGGUGUCCGUGAGGAGCCUGGACGACAAGCAAGUGCUGCAGCAGUGCAUGGCUACCCUGCGCGAGCUGUUCAAGGAGCAGGAAGUCCCAGAUCCCACAAAGUAUUUUGUCACUCGGUGGAGCUCAGACCCCUGGAUCCAGAUGGCCUACAGUUUUGUGAAGACAGGUGGGAGCGGUGAAGCCUACGAUAUCAUUGCUGAAGAAAUACAAGGAACGAUCUUUUUUGCUGGCGAGGCAACAAACAGGCAUUUUCCACAAACUGUUACAGGCGCAUAUUUGAGUGGUGUUCGAGAAGCAAGCAAGAUUGCAGCAUUUUAAAUAGAACUUGUCUGGACCCAGCUUCUUUCUGUACCCUAAAUGGGAAGUUUGAAACACGUUAAACCUCACUUUCGUAAAAUCAAACAAAAAAACUCUCUCUGGAUAGCAAAAUAGAAAUGUUUCUAAGGUGGUAUAACAUAAACCCAUUUCACUACUCUGAAAGCACUAGACCCAAGAAUCCUUUUAUAAGCACUUAUAUUUAAUUGCAUUUUCCACAGGUCUGACUAGUGCUAAAUCUUCUGGAUUUCAGAAUAAGGCAGAAUAUAACCUUAAUUUAAGACCUUGGAUAUGAUUCUUCCAUGGUUGGAGAUUCCCUUUAAAUUUGACAUUUUGUUUGGCUGAUCGAUUUUCACACAUUGAGAAUGCAAGUCAAUCAAGCAGGAAUCACUAAAAAACCAGAUAAAGCCAUGUAUUUUUCUUCUAUGACAAUUUAUCAGUAUCUUUGUCAAUGAGCCUUAAGAUUUUUAUAUAGCUCUAAUAUGGAGCUUUUACAUAAAAUUUAGAUAAAUUUUUCCUUUUGGGAUACAGCCCAAACUCUUCAGUCAAAGGUAAAUGAAGCUUCUAGACUAUUUUAUAUUGUACAUAUUUCUUCCCAUUGGGUGUUCAAAAGAAAUUUAAAUUCAGGUUAUCUUUUGUGAUAAAACAUUUUAGAUUUGUGCACUCAUUGGCAAAACAGCAAAACUUUCAAUUCCUUAAACAGUAUAGGUGUUGUGUCUUUGAGCAUGGGGUAGAGAUAGUGUGGUCUUCAUACUUGAGACAAAGAAAAUAUGGCUAUUUUUCUUAGAGCCAAGUUUGAGCGGAUAGCACACUUUAAAUAGCCUUAAUUUUGGCAACCACUGGCAAAAAGAUCUUGUCAGAUAACAUCAUAAAAGCCUCUGCACUGCCUCUUUUUAAAAUAACUGACUUAAUCUGUAGGAAUAUUUUUUACAGAAUUAUGUUUUCAGUAUUCUAUAGGCAGGUCCACUGGAAAACUGCAGAAAAAUG